CCGUUUUUGAAGUCGGUUAACAAAAUAGUGAAUACGGUUGACUAGACGACAAAAAACAAUGUUUAAAUGUGCGUGAGAGAGUUCGACGAUGAGAGGGUUGAAGGUCACGUUAGUGACUGUAUUCGUAUACUUUACGGCAGCUGUCGGUGAGGAUAUUUUCUUGAGGGCAGAAGCAAGCAUGAACCUGACAUUAAAUGAUUCAGCAAAAUGGCUAAUCGAAGCAUCAAAAGGCAUACAGAACCCAAAUGUACUUCUGGACAAAUUCUCCCAAAACAGAAAAGUGGACGACCCAAUAAGAGCUAUACUCAUGACGUUCUAUGGUAUCCUGGUAGUCAUCGGUGCUGUGGGCAACGCUCUCGUUGUUAUUUCUGUAGUAAGAAAACCAAUAAUGAGGACAGCGCGUAACAUGUUCAUCGCGAAUCUUGCAGUUUCUGAUGCCCUGGUAUGCUGCGUUGGUACUCCCCUAACUUUGAUGGAGCUGUUAACCAAGCAUUGGCCUUUGCCUGAUUGGCCCAGUCUGUGUAAGGCCUGUGGAGCAAUACAGGCCAUUUCUAUAUUCGUUUCUACGAUUUCUAUUACAGCUAUAGCUCUGGAUAGAUAUCAGCUCAUCGUGUACCCUACUCGACCUAGUCUUCAGACAAUGGGAGCCUUAACUACAAUGUUAAUAAUAUGGAUCACAGCAUUCGCCUUAGCAUCACCUCUCUACAUCUUUAGAAGUCUCAAAACGCACCAACUUGGUUUAGAAGGCAUGGAAUCCUUGAGCUUCUGUAUAGAAGACUGGCCUAUUGCGAAUGGUCGAGCUAUUUAUUCGAUAUUCAGUCUUAUCUUUCAAUACUUACUACCAGUGUUAGUAGUAGUUGUAGCCCAUAUACAAAUACACAGAAGAUUAAGAGGAAGGCGGAGGGCUACAAGAAAAACACCAGCUAUCCUCAUAGCCAUUGCUGUUACAUACGUUGUAAGUUGGCUGCCGCUAAAUGUGUUCAACUUAGUAGCAGACAUGAGUACGGAACCUUUAUUCGAUGAAGAUUCCGUGACAGUAACAUAUGCUAUAUGCCAUAUGUUUGGAAUGUCAAGUGCUGUAUCUAAUCCGCUUCUUUACGGUUGGUUAAAUGAUAAUUUCCGUAAAGAGUUUGAAGAAAUUUUGUGUUGUCGCAAAAAUUCCCAGUUAAGGAAGAGUGCAAGAGCUAAAGGCAGAAAGAUGGAUACAGAAGUGACUGCUUUGGCGCAACUGGAACACACAGUAACAGCUAACAUAAAAACGUCGCAAUGUUCUCAGAUUUUCUGACUAAAGUCUUGUUUCAAAUAGCAUGAAGUGAAUUUGGAGUUGCAAAGCCUUUGAAUUUCUUCAUUGGGUGACUUUUCUGUGUUUUAAAUGCAGUGUUAACUGGUAGUUUAUUGUGUAAUCAUAUUUACCGUAAGUGUGUAAGGUUUCUAAACUAAUUUAUUUAGACUAUCAGAUACCUUGUAUUUAUUUAUUUAUAAGUAACAUUAUAGAAAUCUGAUAUCGAUUGAAAUGUUGUAUUUGUUAUUUAUAUAUAGAACAAAAUUAUGAUAGGUAUUAAGAUAUUGAACCAAAGAAUU